CACGUGACGACCACGUGAUUGGCAAGUAGAUAUUUGUUGUCGUUAUUCAAAUGCGAAUUUAAUAUUUUCGAGUUUGUUGCUGUAUGAAAUUAAGUUUGAUUUGUGUUAUUUAAGCCUAUGUGAAGAUUUUUUCCUAGGUUUUUCAAAAAUUGGCGCUUUCCCGUUCGCAACACGAGAAGUUAAAUAUACUUAAUUUGUACUUUUAACCACCCUGCCUUUAUAAAGGAAAAUUUCCAUUUAAGGAAAAAGCAGAAUAAGAGAUUUUUUUGUUAAUAAUAAAAAAAAAAUUCGUGAUCAUCUUGUACAUCGUCGGAGUAUAGGCGGACCAAGAGGGAUAAGGUCAAAUCAGCAGGGUAGUGCAGUUUGGAUCAUGUGUUGAAGCCGAAAAAGCCGUGAAAGGCCGAGGUUUCUUCAGUAGACCCGAAAAAAUACCAUUUAUUGUCUAACCGGUCGGUUUCUCUUUCCUCCGUAAUUUAUUUCCUCCACAAAAGAAGAAAUGGCAUUGUGCCUGAGGUCAUUAUCCAACAAACUGGUGCCGGCGGUGCAGACCAUCCCUUCAUACUUAGUCCAGGCUCAGGACAACAAAUUGCAGACUUUCCAUGGCAGUAUAGGCAAUGUUAAGUGCAAAGUGUGCAGAAAGGAUGGCGAGAUACCAAUGCUUCGCAAGGAAAGGUGGAAGGAGGAUUUCUUGCCGUUUGGAAAUCUGGACCGACUGGACUUAUAUAAAUCGUACAGCUUUCCCGAACCCCGUCUAGCAGGCUGUACUGAAUCCAGAGUGCACAUGGAGAAUGCGGAGCUUUCUGAAGUCAAAGUGGCGUCAGUACCCGACCCUGAGACGAAAAAUAUUGAUGGCCCGACAGCAGAACAGCUCGAGAAGAUUUAUCUCACCUUGUCAAAGAUGUUACCAGAAUUGUUCACGACACAACACGAUUACUCAAUAUAUCACAAAGACUUGAUUUUUGAAAACAACAUACGAGGCGUGAGGACAGUAGGCCUGCACUAUUACAUAAAACAAAUAGCUCUACUCAAAUUAAUAGGCCAUUUCAAAUUUGCUUACAUUAAACUUGAAGUUUUAAAAAUUACAAGGCAUCCUGAAGACAACUCAGUCAAAGUUAGAUGGAGGAUUAGAGGCGUAUCUAGCUUACGAGUCAUACUAACAUUUUGGAAAAUUAAAUUAUGGGCGUUAAAAAGUUCAUUGGAAAGUCCAGAAUCUUGGUUCGAUGGAUUUUCCACUUUUUACGUCGGUUCUGAUGGAGUUAUCCACAAGCAUGUCGUAGAUAAAGUAAUGCCUUCGAGUAAUGAGGAAAUAGUCAAACCGGCGACCCUCGGGGCGAAACUAGCCCUUCUCUUCGGCCUGACGAUAUCAAGGCAAGGGCUUUCCAGUCUCAAUGCACUAUUUUUCAAGUUUUUCAAGCAGAAGAAUGCUUCUAGCCCCACUGGGAAUAUGACAUGCAAUUCUAGUUAAGAAGUCUAGCACGAAGACAUAGGAUCAAAAUUAACUUAUUUCUAGCUGUUUACGUACAUCUUUCUUUUUUUUUAGAAUUGAUGUGA